CAAAAGCUUUCUUCCCCCCAAUCCUUCAUUCGCCCCCUUCAGGAUCCAUCGAUGAACUUGCCUUCUCGAUUUAGUUCACUCCGGCAACCACGGUAUCGAUAUGUCCAACUUGAACAACCAACCUCUCUUUUGCCUCGUGCCUAAUUCAAGCGAUGCCCAAGAUGUUCUGACGCUGAAAGAGAACCGGCCGCACAGAAAAGGCCCUGCGAAACGUUUCCUGGACUUCCCCUACUUCAUCUUCGGUCCCAGUCGACCUUCCAAGCUGAAGCAGCCUGGAAUGCUAGCAGCGCUCGGUACAGGCAAGGAGGAAAACGAUAUCUGGCUCGGCAACGACAACCGCAACGGGGACGGCUAUCGCCGAAAACAAUGCGUCUUGUUUCUCGACCACACCAGAAACCUUCACAUCCGAUCCUUCACGGGUGCUUGGGUAUAUGUCGUCCUCUGCGACACUGAGCAGCACGGCUUCGGAGGGUUCGAUGAUAAAAGACCGCGAAAGAACACCAGAGAGCGCUUCCGGCCCAGUAGUAGCCGCAGCAGCAACUACCACUUGCUCCUGCAGCGCAGGAGCAACCCUCCGGAACGCAGGCGAAGCAGGGUUCACAAGGCAACGGAGAGCCCUCUCAGAGAAAUGGGCAGAGGGCCAGAUUCUAGGCUAGCUGCUUUGAAACUUGAGCAGUCCUCCACGGAGACAGAGAGCUGGGUGUACGGUACUCUGUCUUCGGCUUCCCCAGACCACGUCUCCCAAGUCUGGGCCUUCAUGUCCCUGAAAGACUACGGGAGCUCGAGCUCAUGUUCCGAGGGAAACACGAUUCUAGUAUCCAGCAGCUCUGUGAGCGAGUAG